AUGGCAUCUUCUUCCUCCAAAUUGACUCUGAAAUUGCUUAUUGACUCAAAGCGUGAGAAGGUGCUGUUCGCAGAAGCAUCAAAACCGGUUGUAGACUUUCUCUUUAACUUGCUAUGUUUGCCCAUUGGUACUGUCAUAAGGAUUCUGAGCAAGAAUAAAAUGGUUGGAAGCAUAGCAAAUCUGUAUGAGAGUGUUGAAAAUCUGGAUCAAAGUUACAUGCAACCACACCAACAUAAGGAUCUACUGUUGAAGCCAAGUGCCUCCGUUUCUUCACAAAUCUCUGGUCUUCUUCCUUCAAUCAAUGGCACUUCUUCCAACAACGCCACGGAUGUGUUAUACAGGUGCCCAAAUCACUAUAUUUACCUCACAUCUAAUAACACCGCUCGCUGUCCUGACCAUUAUUGUGGGCUUACUAUGAACAUUCAAUUUGUUGGUCAAAAGGUUGCAAAUGUUCAAAAUUCUGCCGACAAGAGUGGUUUUGUGAGAGAGGUAGUAACUUACAUGGUGAUGGAUGAUUUAGUGAUUCAGCCCAUGUCAAGCAUAUCAAGCAUUACUUUACUUAACAAAUUCAACAUCAAAGAGGUGGGUGCAUUGCAAGUAAAGGUGGUCGAGUUAGACAUGAACAAGGGUGUCGAUCUUCUAAAGGCUUCUCUGCAGUCGAAGACGGUUUUGACAGAUAUUUUUCUAAAGAAGAAAUAG